CUCACACAGUCGCAACUCACACACACUUCUAAAAUAUAGAAAGCACACGGAAAAACAAUGGACACAAUCAAGUCCUUCAAGGGCUACGGCAAAGUCGAUGAGGCCGAGCAACAAGCCUAUCAGAAGAAGACACGUAAGCGAAUCAUAAUCCUAAUCGUCUCAUCACUAAUCCUCUCAGCGGCGAUUAUUGCCGCAGUGGCAGGAAUCGUCAUACACAACCGCAACACCAAAUCAUCAUCAUCAUCUUCUAACUCGGUCCCAACACCCGAGUUAACUCCGGCCGCGUCACUCAAAGCGGUUUGCGAUGUCACUCAGUACCCUAACUCGUGCUUCUCCGCCAUUUCCGCCGUCGCAAACACCAACACUACUGAUCCCAAGCUCCUCUUCCGCCUCUCCCUCCGCGUCGCCAUUGACGAGCUCUCCAAGCUCGCGAAGCAGCUUCCCUCCAAGCUUCGCGAAUCUACGAAGAACGAUUCACGACUCCAAAAGGCGAUCGAUGUGUGCGAAACCGUGCUCGACGACGCUCUAGAUCGCCUGAACGAGUCGAUCGGAGUCGCCGACGAAGGACGGAAGGUGCUGGCGGCGGGGAAGAUAACCGAUCUGGAAACAUGGCUGAGCGCGGCGAUAACGAACCAGGAAACGUGCAUUGACGCGAUCUCCGAUGUGGAUUCCACCGCUGAGCACGGCGUUGUCGGAGAAGUUCAAACGGCGAUGAAGAACUCUACAGAGUACGCGAGCAACAGCUUGGCGAUUGUGACGAGGAUCUUAGGGCUGAUUUCGAAGUUCGAUUCGCCGGUGCACCGGCGGCGGUUACUCGGGUUUCCGGAGUGGGUGACGGCGGCGGAUAGGAGGCUGCUGGCGGGGAAUGUGAACGAAACGGAGACUCAUGUGGUGGUGGCGCAGGACGGAAGCGGUGACUACACCACCAUCACGGCGGCGGUGAAUGCCGUGAAGAAGAAGAGCUUGAAGAGGCACGUGAUUUACGUGAAGACAGGAAUUUACAGAGAGAACAUCGAUUUGGAUAAGAACACUUGGAAUGUGAUGAUCUACGGUGAUGGUAAGACGAAAACCAUCGUCACAGGUAACCGGAACUUCAUCGACGGCGUUCCUACAUUUGAGACUGCCACUUUCGCCGUUAAAGGAAAGGGAUUCAUAGCUAGAGACAUAGGUUUCAUAAACACCGCAGGCGCAUCGAAGCAUCAAGCCGUGGCGCUCCGGUCCGGCUCAGACCGCUCUGUGUUCUACCGGUGCUCAUUCAUUGGCUACCAAGACACCCUAUAUGCCCACUCCAACCGCCAAUUCUACCGUGAAUGUGACAUCACAGGCACCAUAGACUUCAUAUUUGGCAAUGCAGCAGUUGUAUUCCAAAGCUGCAAGAUCAUGCCAAGGCAGCCACUUCCAAACCAGUUCAAUACCAUUACAGCCCAAGGAAAGAAGGACCCUAACCAGAACACUGGCAUUGUGAUCCAGAAAUCCACAAUCACUACCCUUGAUAACGACAAUCUCACUCUCACUGCCCCAACAUACCUUGGUAGGCCAUGGAAAGAUUACUCCACCACUGUGAUCAUGCAAUCUGAGAUUGGCUCAUUCUUGAAGCCAAUUGGGUGGAUAAGUUGGAUACCCAAUGUAGAACCUCCUAAUACCAUUUUCUAUGCUGAGUACCAGAACAGUGGGCCUGGGUCAGAUGUGGCCCAGAGGGUUAAAUGGGCUGGGUACAAGCCCACUCUCACUGAUCUUGAUGCAGGAAAGUACACGGUCCAAUCAUUCAUUCAAGGCCAAGAGUGGCUCAAAGAUGCUUCUGUUCAGUUUGAGUCUACUUUAUGAUUCUAAUACUGUAUCAUACAACAUUAUAGAGAGCAUAGCAUCAACUACUAAUCUUAUUUUUCUCAUCCCUUUUUCUUUCACACAAUUGUGAUGUAUAAUAACUUUUAUUGUAGUCCCAAGAAAGAAUGUGACUUGUCU